AUGGCGACUUCACAUCUCAAGAUUGACGGUAUUCUCGGUCUUAUCACGAUCCGGUUGAAGGAUGAUAACUUCUUGAAGUGGCGAUAUCAACUUGAGUCAGUUCUGGACGGAUACGAUCUCUUUGGCCAUUUUGACGGCUCAAACAUUACACCUCCAAAAUUCGCAAUUUUGGAUGAGGAAGGUGUCACCUCUAAACUCACUGCAGCCUACAAGGACUGGUUGCAGGUCGACAAAGCACUUCUUAGCUUGUUGAUCGCCAUGCUUUCUGAUGAUGCGCUCAAAUAUGUCAUCGGUUGCAAGACGGCGCAUGAUGCCUGGAUGAAUUUGACGGAUCGAUAUGCCACAGUCUCUCAUGCUCGUAUCAAUCAUCUCAAAACUGAGCUUCAGACUCCACAGAAAGGCUCUGACUCAAUUGAGAAGUUCUUGCUUCGCCUUAAGCACAUUCGCGAUCACCUUGCUAUUGCAGGUGUUUUGGUGUUCGACAAUGAUAUGAUGAUUGCAGCCUUGAAUGGCCUUCCUUCUGAGUAUGAUAUGAUUAGGACAGUCCUGGUUGCUAGUGACACUUCGCUUUCCUUCAAAAACUUUCGCAAUCAAUUGUUGGCGGCUGAACAAGCUGCAGAGGCACGCGUGCUUUCUUCUCAUGCACCUAUGGUUGGCAUGCUAAGUCAUUCCUCUUCUUCUGGUUCUUCCCAUGCCUUCUCUGGUUCUGGUCAUGGUGACGGUCUCCUUCCAACUCCUCCAAUGCCUCUUACUGCCUAUAUGAGUUCGCAGCUUUUUGGUCGAUCUUUUCCUCAUGCUUCUGGUGGCCGAGGAAAAUUCUCUGGUUCUAAACCUUUUGGCCGUGGUUUUCAAGGCAGGUUUCAAGGUCCUCCUAAGUCUGGUGGUGGUGUUGUUCCUGAGUGUCAAAUCUGCAGCAAGCGAGGUCACACUGCGGUUAAUUGCUAUUUUCUCAAUUCGACUACCGCUUUUCUCGGGUCCUCUUCCACAAUUGAAUGUCAGAUUUGUGGCAAAAAGGACCAUGGGGCUCUAGAUUGUUACCAUCGCUCCAACUAUGUUUAUCAAGGUUCUCCACCACCUGCCUCCAUCACUGCCAUGGCAGCUCAGACUUAUUUCUCUCCUGAUGCUGUCUGGAUUGCAGAUAGUGGGGCAUGUCAUCACACGGUGCCUCAUAUGACUACAAUGGACUCUGCUUCGCCUUGCACCUUCUCCGAUCAAGUCAGAGUGGGAAAUGGGGAAGGUUUGCGCAUUGAUCAUAUUGGUUCAGCUUAUAUUCCCACUGCAACUUCUUCUCUAUCUUUAUCUUCAGUUUUUCAUGUGCCUCAGCUUACGGCCAAUCUCUUUUAUGUGUAUCACUUAUGCCGGGAUAAUAAUUGCCGUAUGAUUUUUGAUCAAUUUGGAUUUUCUAUACAGGACAAAGUCACCAACAGGGUUCUGUUCCACGGCAAGAGUGAUCAUGGCUUGUAUCCUAUCCCAUGCUCUGUCCCUGUUUCAACUCAUGUAGACAAUAAGCAGCCAAAGAUGGCUUUUGUUGGACAACAAAUUCAUUCCUCGUUGUGGCAUAAACGAUUGGGUCAUCCUACGAAUGAGGUUGUUCAACUCAUGCUUAAGGAAGCAUAG